GAAAUGACUUUGAAUUUCUUUGCAACAAAAGGACAUUUUUUACAGUGCAAACACGGAGCAAACGUGUGACUCUGCUGCCAAUCGAGACACCCAGUAUGUUGCUGGCUGAGCCCGGCUGUGAUGCUCUGACUGGUUAUUGGUGAAGCCAAGAGGAGCAGGGAGGCGAUAAUCCACGCACAGACGGACCCAUCCGAGCCGCUGGCAGAGCUGCUUGCAGCGGGCGUCGGGGGACCAUGGAUCCGCUGUCUCUCCGCGGGUUUUACUCUCCAGACAAAUCAUUAGGACACACAGAAUAGUCAUUUUUGCAUGCGAGCGGGGAGGUGCAAAGAAGACAAGAGAGUUGAUUUUUGUUUUCACUUCUUUUUGUGAUCACGGUUUUUCUUUUCCUUCUCUCGGAAGCGUUGCGCAUCUUACCGGAGCGCUUCACCAUCCGAUGCCGGGAGCGCAGCGUCGGGUCAGGGGCUGAUCCGAGUCCUCGCUUCGGGAUCGUUUUUCGAGUUUCCGUGAACACUUUACGUUUGGUUGAUUUAAAAAAAAUACACACACACACAUACACGGAUCAGUUCUGGAUUGCUUGUCCAACAAAGGGAUUAUGAUUUUCUCAGAUAUGAGUACGGGGACCAACUCCCCCAAGGUGCAUCCACCGAAUGGGACGAGGUUUUACACGUUCCAGGAAUUUGCUGCAUUGACCAAGGAGCUGAACGCCUGCAGGGAGCAGCUGCUGGAGAAGGAGGAGGAGAUCUCUGAACUCAAAGCCGAGAGGAACAACACCAGGCUACUGCUGGAGCAUCUGGAGUGCCUGGUGUCCAGACAUGAGCGGUCACUUCGUAUGACAGUGGUCAAGCGGCAGGCUCAGUCUCCUUCGGGAGUCUCCAGCGAAGUCGAGGUCCUCAAAGCACUCAAGUCCUUGUUCGAACACCAUAAAGCCCUAGACGAGAAGGUAAGAGAGAGACUUCGGGUGUCGCUUGAAAGGGUGUCUGCCUUGGAGGAGGAGCUGACAGCAGCCAAUCAGGAGAUUGUGGCCUUACGGGAACAGAAUGCUCACAUCCAGAGGAAAGUGGCGUCCGGAGAUGGAGGAGAAGACAUACUGGAGGGUAGCGAAGCUCAACAGAAGGUCCACAGCAAGCGUCUGUCCAAUGGCUCCCUGGAGUCGGCCCACGACGCGAGCCAGGUGGUGGAGCUGCAGGACCUGCUGGAGAAGCAGAACUACGAGCUGGCCCAGAUGAAGGAGCGCAUGUCCUCCCUCUCUUCCCGGGUCUCUGAGGUGGAGCAGGAGCUGGAAACCGCCCGCAAGGACCUCAUCAAGUCAGAGGAGAUGAACAACAAGUACCAGAGGGACAUCAAAGAGGCUAUGUGUCAGAAGGAGGACAUGGAGGAACGGAUCGUCACGCUGGAGAAACGCUACCUGAGCGCCCAACGAGAGUCCACCUCGGUGCACGACAUCAACGACAAACUGGAGAACGAGUUGGCCAAUAAGGAGGCGUUCCUCAGACAGAUGGAGGAGAAGAACAGGCAGCUACAGGAGAGGCUGGAGCUCGCCGAGCAGAAGCUCCAGCAGACCAUGAGGAAGGCCGAGACGCUGCCGGAGGUAGAGGCCGAGCUGGCGCAGAGGAUAGCGGCCCUCACUAAGGCGGAAGAGCGUCACGGAAGCAUCGAGGAGCGAAUGAGGCACUUGGAAUGCCAGCUGGAGGAGAAGAACCAGGAGCUGCUACGGGCUCGACAGAGAGAAAAGAUGAACGAGGAGCACAACAAGCGCCUCUCGGACACGGUGGACCGGCUCCUCACAGAGUCCAACGAGCGUCUUCAGCUCCACCUGAAGGAACGGAUGGCGGCUCUAGAAGAGAAGAAUUUGUUAAUCCAAGACUCGGAAGGUUACAGAAAACAGUACGAGGAGUCGAUACAAGAAAAAACGCAGCUGGCAGAGGAGAUUGAGAAACUGAGAUCAGAGCUCGACCAGUUCAGAUUGAGGGCAGGCUCCCUCACAGAACCCACCCUGUCACGGUCUCAUCUGGACACAUCAGCCGAGCUUCGAUUCUCGUUGGGAUCUCUGGCUGAAACCCAGUCGGACCACUACCGCUCAGCCAAGGUCAUCCGGCGGCCAAGGAGAGGUCGAAUGGGUCUGCGGGAAACCAAGGCUAAGUCGCUCGGGGAGCAUGAAUGGCGUUCGCAGCAGCUCGGGGUUCUGGGAGGCCACCACUUCGAGAGCGAUACGGAGAUGUCAGACAUCGAUGACGACGACAGGGAAACGUUGUUUAGCUCCAUGGACCUCCUCUCACCCAGCGGCCACUCUGAUGCACAAACCCUGGCCAUGAUGUUGCAGGAGCAGCUGGACGCCAUCAACAAGGAGAUUCGGCUGAUACAGGAGGAGAAAGAGUCGACAGAGCUACGGGCGGAGGAGAUUGAGAACCGGGUGGCCAGUGUCAGCCUUGAGGGCCUCAACCUGGCCCGUAUGCACCACCACGGAGCCUCCAUCACUGCCUCAGCCACCGCUUCGUCCCUUGCGUCCUCCUCCCCACCCAGCGGACACUCCACCCCUAAACUUGACCCUCGAAGCCCCGCUCGUGACAUGGAGCGGAUGGGGGUCAUGACACUGCCCAGUGAUCUGAGGAAACACAGGAGAAAGAUUGCUGCGGUGGAAGAGGACGGCCGCGAGGACAAGGCCACCAUCAAGUGCGAGACGUCCCCCCCUCCAACGCCACGCACCGUCCGAAUGACACACACACUGCCAGCCUCCUCGCACAAUGAUGCACGAGGGAUCGUGGCCUCUCUGGAGGCUGAGGCCAGCGCCCUGAGUAGUGUAGCCAGCAGCCAAGACUCCCUCCACAAGCAACCGAAGAAGAAAGGCAUCAAAUCCUCCAUCGGGCGACUUUUCGGCAAGAAGGAGAAGGGCCGACUGGCACAUCUGGCACACAGACAAGUCAUGGUCGAUCCACAAGCCACCAUGAUGGACGCUGACAUGGCGGGCCAGGACAUGGGGGUGGGCAAGCUGGGAACUCAGGCUGAGAAGGACCGCAGGUUGAAAAAGAAACACGAACUAUUGGAGGAGGCCAGGAGAAAGGGUUUACCUUUCGCCCAAUGGGACGGCCCCACGGUUGUAGCCUGGCUGGAGCUGUGGUUGGGAAUGCCGGCCUGGUACGUGGCGGCGUGCCGUGCCAACGUGAAGAGCGGAGCCAUCAUGUCAGCUUUAUCUGACACCGAGAUCCAGAGGGAGAUCGGUAUCAGUAACCCUCUUCACCGGCUCAAACUUCGCCUGGCCAUCCAGGAGAUGGUCUCCCUCACCAGCCCCUCCGCCCCGCCAACCUCCAGAACCCCGUCAGGCAAUGUAUGGGUGACCCAUGAGGAGAUGGAGACCCUGGCAGCCCCUUCCAAAACGAAAUCAGAGUCUGAAGAGGGGAGCUGGGCACAGACUCUAGCUUAUGGCGACAUGAAUCAUGAGUGGAUAGGGAACGAGUGGCUGCCCAGUCUAGGACUACCUCAGUACCGCAGCUACUUCAUGGAGUGCCUGGUGGAUGCUCGCAUGCUGGACCACCUCACAAAGAAGGACCUGAGGGUGCACCUCAAAAUGGUGGACAGCUUCCACAGAACAAGUUUACAGUAUGGAAUCAUGUGUCUGAAGAAGCUCAACUAUGACAGGAAGGAACUGGAGAGACGUAGGGAGCAAAGCCAGCAUGAAAUGAGAGACGUGCUGGUGUGGAGUAAUGAGCGGGUCAUCCGCUGGGUGCAGAGCAUAGGCCUGAGGGACUAUGCCAACAUCCUGCUGGAGAGCGGCGUGCACGGAGCCCUGGUCGCCCUCGAUGACAACUUUGACUACAGCAGCCUGGCGCUGCUCCUCCAAAUCCCCAACCAAAACACUCAGGCACGUCAGAUUCUGGAGCGAGAGUACAAUAAUCUGCUGGCGCUGGGCACUGACAGGAGACUGGAUGAGUGUGACGACAAAGACUUCAGAGGUCCAUCGUGGAGGAGGCAGUUCCCGCCCCGGGACGUGCACGGUAUCAGUAUGAUGCCCGGAUCAGCUGAGACGCUCCCUGCCGGAUUCCGUCUCACCGCGACGUCUGGUCACUCCCGGAGAUUGCCCCCUGAGGUCCUCUAUGAGGCGCUGGAUGACAGUCCUGACGACAUGUAUUUGGAUUGGUUUCAAGUUGGACCCUCUGCGGUGCAGCGGCUGGACAGCUCCACGGUGAGAACCUACUCCUGCUGAGAGGAGGAAGAGAGGGACCUUAAACUGUACGCUAUACAGUUCUGAAUGGAGACUAACUAGGGGGAGCUGCUGGACGGGCCAAACCGCCCAGGAACAAACCAUUCUGACGACACGCACUGCCAAGAAGCCCUGCUCUCCUCUCUGAACCCCCCCUCCCUCCCUCCCACGACCAUCCAUCCCUAAAAUGUGGGCACCAGAUGCCGGUGCUAAACUGUCCUGCAGGCUACCCCGUUGUCACCAUUUCUACCUUUUACAUGUACAGUAACUUGUCGAAGCAUAACGUACUGUGUAUUUCUUCUACAGGAGACGUGUAGGUUAUCUGUAAAUUAAUAUAAAUAUGCCAUUUUUUAAUAUAUACACACAUCUAUGUAUAAAAUGAUAUUCAGAGUUUGUGCAAAAAAAUGUCCCUGCCACCUCAUUUAGUGGACCAUAGAUUAAUAUAUGCUGCUCUUUAAACUGUCUCCAUAUUACCCUGCUCCCCUAGAUCAUUUUGUACAUAUGGUUUUAUUUUUUCAUUGUGCUGAUGAUAACUGUAUGAUGAUGGACCUGUGCUGCACCAUAGUGAGGAAGAAAACUCUGGAUGUGUGAAAAAUCUGCCCUCUAGUGGUUUACCAAAAAAAAAAAAAAACACUUUGAGCCCCAUUUCUGGCACCGACAAACUUCAUCAUCCUUUCUUAUGGACUCGCUGGCAUAAAAAGAGCGUUUUAAGCGAACGCAUUGACGCACUGGAAAGACAUGACAAGCACUUUGAUACAACCACAUCAACUCAACGGACUCUUUAGUAGCCAAGGACAAAACAAGAGACGCCAUCGCUCUCCGAAGUUGCACAAAACUUCCUCUCAGAGAACAAAAAAAAAAAAAAAAAAAAAAAGCAGGACGUCAGUCG